AAUUGACAACGUAGAAAAAUAAUCCAUGAGGCAGUGAAUAAGGGUUGGAAUCGGUCAUUAAACAGCUGGCAUUUAUCAACAUGUCGGCUGCAGAGUCGGUAGUUUCGCAAAUACAACAUUAUCAAAAAAGCAUUCAAAAGUACCAUGGAAACUCGUCCAGGAUUCUUCAUUGCAUUAACAAAUUAUAUAGUCUGCCGGUGUCAGUACAACAUUUACAAGACACUGGUGUAGGGAAGACUAUCAAUUCUCUUCGGAAAAGUGAUGGAGAAGUAGGAGAGUCUGCUAGGGCUCUUGUCUACAAAUGGAAGCAAAUGGUCGAAGACGAAUCAGAAAAUGAACAGGAGGGUAAUGCAAAUAUGCGGGCACAUUCAAAAUAUAAUGGCAAUUCAGAAAAUGAAAAUCACAAGGAAAAAUUUGAGAAGCGAAGCAGAGAAAACUCAGAUAAGACAUCUAGAUCCGACGAGCAUUUGAAAUCCGACCAUAGUAAAGAUUACAAAAGGAAAAGAGAAUCAGAUCAUGAUCAGAUCAAAGAUAAAAGAUACAAGAGUGAGAAAAUAGACAGUAUCAAAAACUAUAAUGACGAAAGUACAAGAAGCAUUAAUGGCAAUAGCGAACAUUUUGGUUCAGAAGAGGAAUGGACUGUCAAUAGGCAAGGUAGUGGAAGUGAAGAUGAUAGGGAUACAAGGCAUACUUAUAUUAAAACCGAAAGGAAUUCUAGUGAAGAACGCUAUGCUCAAUCUUCUGAUGAUGAUAUUCAACAUGAAAAAUCAAGCAAGCAAGAGAAGUCUUCUCAGAAGCAAAAAAGUAAAACCUCUUCAAGCAGCUCUGAUAGAAGUAAACAUUCAUCAAGUAAAUAUGAACAUAAGGAAAGUAAAUCAUCAAGCAGUAGCAAACAUAAAGAGGAAAAAUCGUCCUCUGCGGGAAGUAGUUCUCAUACCAAAAAAGAUUCUAGUAAUAUAUCGGACAAUAAAGGUGAAGGCAGAUCAAAAAGCAGAGAGAAGGACAAGAAAGAUAAACACAAAGACAAGCAUAGGAGCAGAGAGGAGAAGAAGUCCUCUAAAGAUAAAAAAGAAAAAGAGAAAAAGAAAUCAGAAGAUGAUGAAGAUGGUGUUGAUUCUUUUUCAGGUAAAAGUUUUGAAGCAGCCCUCGGUAUGAUGUUUCCUCCUGAGAAGUCAAAGAAGAAGUCUAUGUCAGGUACCUCAUCAUCACACUCUCCAUCUAAGAAUAAAUCUAAAUCAUCUUCUAGUGGUUCGGAGAAGAAAACAAAAGAUGCCGAUAACUAUUCCUAUGAGAUGGAGCAGGAGUUCCCUCCACAGUUACCACCAUCAAUAGAUGUUGAUGAAGAUUAUGGCCUACCAACUUUAAAUCCAAAUUACAAACCACUGCCACAGCCAAAUUUCUUUAACUCUCCCCCUAAACGAUACCAAAGUGAAGAUGCAUUGAGUGAUGCUCUAUCAAAUAUAAUGUAUUCUAAAGUUCAAAGAACUAAAGUCUACUCAGGGAACAAAACUGGAUAUACCCAUGUUCCUUCACUUUUUGAUUUGUGUACAAGAGUCCUACAAGAAAAUAUAGACGCUCUAGAAUAUACGGGUGGUGUUCCAUUUGACCUAUUAAAACCUGUUUUGGAGCGAGCAACCCCUGACCAACUUUUCACAUUGGAGCAUUACAAUGCAUAUUUGAUAGAAGACACUGAUAUGUUUUGGGAAUAUCACUGCAAAAAAGAUUUUCGAAAUAAGAAACGAAUAGAAAUGGAGACAUGGAGAGAAAUGUACCAGAGAUGUCAUGAGGAACGAGAAAGCAAAUUAAAGGCGUUAAAAGAAACCAUUGCAGCCUCAGCAAAAGCAAAGUUGGCACCAGUGCGAAAGACACAGUUAGCUUAUAUUGAAACUACAGCAAAACCACCACGCAAUGUUGCAAGAAAACAAGCAAAAUUUGGCACGGCUCAUUCAUCAACCUCAUCAGCAUCGUCAAAGCAGGAUGGUUCAGGUUUCAGUUCAUCGUUUACGGGUAGAUCCUCUACGACUAUAGGUCCUGCAGUGUCUGUUCCAGCUCCCAGAGGAGCUGGGGCUAGCAGUUCCCACUCAAAUUCUUGCAAACCAAAGCCUAAAGCACCACUUAUGCAGAAAGCUCUGCAACUCAUCAAAUCCAACAGAUAUAGACGAUAACUUUUCUUACUUGAUGAACAAAUUUCUUUUGUUUCUCUCUGCAAAAUGAAGUAUAGUAAAUAUUUGUAAAAUUUGUACAUUUUUUUAAUACAGUUUAAAUGCUCUUCAAAUGCAUUAGUUUGAGCUUAAACUCAAUGGAUUAUGUGAAGUUUAAGAUUAUGAUCCUAUGAACUGGAAAGGGAAAAAUAUAUUGACUAGUCGACUACUUGCCCAGUUCUAGCUUCAAAGUCAAAGUUUUUCCAUUUUGAAAGAAAGGCUUUUUAAUGCAAUAUGAUUUGGUCUCUUGCUGAACAUUAUCUACAAAACACAUUGUGGUUUCCGCGUGGAAAUGAUUGGCAGAUUAAAAUCAAAAGAGAAUACAUGAGUGAAUUUUGGUUGCCGGGCAAUCUCUACAUUACAUUUCAUUAUACAUUAAAAGUCCUUUCUUAUGAAACAAUAUAAAAAAUGUACAUUCAUGUGAUCUUUAUGUAUGUUCUCAUUAGGAGUUAAAAUUUUUCAGGGUUCUGACAUCCUUGGUUGUACAUGUACAGUACCUUGAUGUUUUAGUCAUACUUGUUUUAUUGUAUGACCAUCUUCAUAGAGCAUUGAGUGAAUCUUUAUUAUUUUACUUUUCUUUUCCUCAACAAAAGAAUUUUGAGUGUAAAUUACGACUCAGUGGUAUGGUGAUGGAAACUCCGUACUGUUAAGAGGCACUCUGUUCAAUGCUUAUCACAUUUUUUAUGGAUUUUUGUUCUGUGUUUUAGAUAAUUUUUUGUGCCCACUGACACCAGUUCUAAUCACACUUGUUUACAUUUCAGAAUUAAGGCAAUAACUUGUCUGCUGUUAGUGUACUUUGUAUCAUUAUUUGCAUGUCUUGUCUUUUAAAUUGUGUAUCUGACAUAAGAGCAUGGCUGUGAACAUUUAAUAUUGACUCUUUGGCCCUUCAUUCUUUUUUAAAAUUGAACCUUGACAUAUUUGGCUCUCCCUGCUUCAUUGAUACUUGUUGGUCUGUUUCGAUGGCUGUGUCCAGAUUCUAAAUUGGUAUAAUAUGUGGAGGAGAUGGGGAAGCCAUUACAUUUGCUUCCCCCUUUUCUCUACAAUUAGAAUUUAGAUACAAGCUAAAUAUAAUUAAAGAUGACAUUAUGAACGCACAUGUAUUCUGGCUAUUUCUUUAAGCAAUUUUUCCAUGCAUGGAAGAUACAAAGUAAUCAUUUAAGAAGAACCCAGUUAUUCUAGUAUGAAUGUGCCUUUGAUGAACUUCAUUUCUUAAGGAUUGCUGAGAUUAACACUGUUUUCAUGUACCAUGCACUGAUGUUCCAUUGUUAUGAUAAACAGUAAACUUUUAUGGUACAUCUCUA